CUUAGUUUUGGCGUCCGAGGAAGGAGUAGGACUUUAAGGCUUUUGAAUUUCACAAAACAUUUUCCAAAAACUCCUCUAAAGGAGACCAACGAGAGCCCACGGGACAGGGGUUUUGUUGGAGACUUCAGUCACUGCUCCAACGUCCUCCUUCUCUGUGCCUCUCACUUUGUUUUUAUCCAGAUCCAGUUGAUCCAUCAAGAUUCUGGGGAAUUAUUAGCUUUGGGAGUAAAGGUUUUGUUAUUUUGACAUUCAUGGUCUAUUGGGCUCCUCGAAAGGGCGUUUGCAUAAGGAUUUUCCUUCAAGUUUUGUUAUUUGGGCAAGUUGAGCUUGUUCUGUUAUCUCUUGGGUGGUCUCAGAACUAGGAUUUGGUAUGGCUGUUGCCAAGAGCAACAGCAGCAGUGAACCAUCUAGGCAACCUUGUAAUUGUUAUAAAGCUGCGGGUUUAACUGAAACCAUUUUGGAAGCUAAUGAGAUCUCUGACUUGAAAGAUCGAUUCAUUCUAGGGAAGCAGUUGGGUUGGGGGCAGUUUGGUGUUAUUAGGGUUUGCUCUGAUAAACUGACUGGAGAGGUGUUUGCCUGCAAAUCCAUUAACAAAGAUAGAUUAGUGACCUCUGAUGAUGCACGGAGUGUAAAGCUUGAAAUUGAAAUAAUGGCUAAGUUAUCAGGUCACCCUAAUGUUGUAGACCUCAAGGCAGUCUAUGAGGAUGAAAAGUCUGUGCAUCUGGUGAUGGAGCUUUGUGCUGGAGGGGAACUUUUCCACCAGUUAGAGAAGUAUGGACGAUUCUCUGAAGCAGAGGCCAGGAUUCUCUUUAGGCAUUUGAUGCAAGUUGUUCUAUAUUGUCAUGAAAUUGGCGUUGUUCAUAGAGACUUGAAGCCAGAGAACAUUCUGUUGGCUACAGACGCCUCAUUCUCACCAAUUAAGCUGGCCGACUUUGGUCUUGCUACCUACAUAAUGCCUGGGCAGAGGCUGCAUGGUACUGUUGGGAGUCCAUUUUAUAUAGCUCCUGAGGUAUUGACUGGGGGCUACAACCAAGCAGCUGAUGUUUGGAGUGCUGGUGUUAUUUUGUAUAUUCUUCUCAGUGGUAUGCCCCCAUUCUGGGGUAACACUAAGUCACGAAUAUUUGAUGCUGUUAGGGCAGCCGAUCUACGGUUCCCCUCAAAUCCUUGGGAUAACAUAUCUGAAUCUGCAAAGAGACUAGUCAGGGGAAUGCUUUCUACGAAUCCUUCUCAGAGGCUCACUGCCCAGCAGGUUUUAGAUCAUUCAUGGAUGAAGGAUGACAUACUGUACACUGAAUUAUUGGGUGGGAACAAUUUUGAAGGUUGUCAAGAAUGGGAUUUAAAAAGUGACUCAUUCUCUACUCCAUUUAUGAUUAGGAAUCAGGACAUCAGCUUUGGCUCUGGAACUGGAUCACCAAUUGUUUUCAAUGCUGAAUCACCUGCAUUUACAUGCAGAACGUCAUUUUCAUCUUUCUUGGUGGAACCUUCAACACCUUGUUCUGCAUCUGCUAGGUUUUAUUUCUGUAGUCCCAGCAAUUCUAAUACCUUGGAAUUCACUUCUCCUGUACCCUCAAUGCCAAGUUUUUCAUUUUUUGGCACUGGUUCCAUUCAGCAAGGUAUUUCAGUGGAUUGUUCAACCAGCAUCAGCAGACUUGAUGCAACUAAUGGAGAGGCUAGCUUGGAGGAGGUUCUUACAGUACCCGAUCCUUCUCCUUCCUUUGGGCAUCAAUUGAGAGAAAUGGAACAUAAGACAGCUGAAGUUAAAAGAGCAGGAGGGAGCAUUGGAUCCAAGAUUUCGGGCAUCCACAGUAAGAGGAACCGAACAAUUGGUCUUGGUGAGAGGGAGCAACUUGAUUUUGUGGUGUCUGAGUCAGUGAUCCGUUGGGCAUCAUGCACAAAUAUUUCAAUUGCCCCAUCCUUAAGAUCCUCUCUUGUGUGUUGAAAAUCCGAACAAGACAACAUCAUAAGUUGAAUCGGAGGGUUUGACAGAGUUAUAAAGCUGAGAAAUUGCCAUACUCAUGAAAUUUUUUUACAGCUUAUCUGUAGUACUAUCGUGUUUGUGUUGUAAAAUGGUGGUUAAUGCUGGUGAAUAGCAGCAGUUUCCUGUUAGCUUCAAAUGGGUUGUGUUGUAAUGUAGUGAUGUGAUGUUUGGGCUGGUGGUUGGUGCCAUCGUUAGCUAGUUGUGUGUCAUAGGCUUAUGCCACGUGUAUAAAAGUGGAUUUUGAUUUUGAUAGAAUGAAGUUUUUCAAGUUUGGUGAUCGAA